UGCGUAAGCCAUCGCCCAAGCGAUCGUUGCCCAGCGUUCACUCACUGCCACAGCCGUCAGUUAGCCGGCUUUAUCGCUCAGUUAGCGCGCGUGAAUCGUCGAGGUAGCACUAUUCGUUAAAAAUCAGCGUUCGCGAUGUCGUCGCGCAUGUACAAGCCCACUGAUCAUGUCAUCAAGAAAUCGUAUUUACCAUCGAUCCAAAAAUACAAAGAAAUGUAUGAAAGAUCACUCACUGAAUCGGAACUGUUCUGGACCGAGGUCGCCCAAGAAUUUCAGUGGCAUGUAGCACCGAAGCCGGGUGGCUUCAUGAAAUACAACUUUGACAUUACCAAAGGAAGGGUCUUUGUAAAAUUUAUGGAGGAAGCCGAGCUGAAUGUGUGUUACAAUUUGCUCGAUCGCAAUGUCAAGAAUGGUUUCGGGGAUAAAAUUGCCUUUUUCUGGGAAGGGAACAGUCCGGAUGAUUAUACGCGCAUUACAUACCGGAAACUGCUGGACUUGGUGUGCCAGUUUGCCAAUGGUUUGCUGGCCAAAGGAAUCCGUAAAGGAGAUCGCGUUGCAGUCUACAUGCCCAUGAUCUUGGAGGCAGUAAUCUGCAUGUUAGCCUGCGCUAGAAUUGGUGCUGUACACACAGUCGUGUUCGCAGGAUUUUCAUCGGACGCUUUAGCGGAGCGCCUUUCCGACGCUAAAGCUAAACUUUUGGUCACCGCUGACGGUGCUUGGCGCGGCGAACGCAUGUACGUGUACAAGAGAACCUGCGACGAUGCCAUAGAGAAGGCUAGAACAUUCUUCAAGCACAGAGUGGAUAUGUGUAUGGUCGUAAACCACCUCGAUAGAGUUACACCUGGUGGUAGUUUGAAAAGCGAAAUCAAAGAUCUCUAUAAUUGGAAUGAGGAGACAGAUAUCUGGUGGCACGAAGUGUUAGAGGGGGAAUCUAACAUUUGCCCUCCGGAAUGGGUUGCCGCCGAGGAUCCAUUGUUCGUGCUCUACACAAGCGGUUCCACUGGUAAGCCGAAAGGGGUUGUGCACACUACCGCCGGGUACCUGAUGUACGCAGCCGCCACGUUCCGAUACGUGUUCGACUACCACAGGCGCGAUGUGUAUUGGUGCACCGCUGACGUCGGCUGGAUCACCGGACACACAUACGUUGUGUACGCGCCGCUGGCCAACGCUGCCACCUCGGUUAUGUUCGAGGGGACUCCCUACUUUCCGAAGGUCGAUCGUUACUGGAGUAUUAUCAACAAGUACAAAGUGACGCAAUUUUAUACUGCGCCCACUGCAAUCCGGGCUCUCAUGGCCCAUUACAACGUGGAAGAUGGCAAUCUGACCAUGCCGGAUUUGUCGAGUCUCCGUGUGUUGGGAAGUGUGGGUGAGCCUAUAAAUCCGGCGGCUUGGCUGUGGUACUACACCAGGAUUGGGAAAGAGCGCUGUUCUAUCGUGGACACCUUCUGGCAGACAGAGACCGGGGGCCACGUGAUUACCGGACUGCCUGGCGCCACUCCCAUGAAGCCUGGUGCUGCAGAGAAGAAACACCCGGUCUACUAUUCCUCGAUGGACACCUUUCGACCGAAGCAGGGCUGGGAUCGUACCGUCAUGAUCGUGCAUCUACCGAAUAAAUCCAAUCGUACACGUGGCUUCCCGUUCUUCGGUGUUGAACCGAAAAUCUUGAAUGAAGAUGGUGUCGAAAUAGAGGGACCCGGAGAAGGCUAUCUAGUGUUCGCACGUCCAUGGCCCGGCAUGAUGAGGACUCUGCUUGAGGACCAGGAUCGCUUUGAAAGGGUCUAUUUCAGCAAGUUUCCUGGUUACUACUGCACCGGAGAUGGCGUGAGGCGCGACGAAGAUGGAUACUUGUGGAUCACAGGCCGUAUUGAUGAUAUGCUUAACGUGUCUGGACAUCUCAUGUCUACUGCUGAAGUAGAGGGCGUUCUCGCCUCAGACCCCAGGGUCUCCGAAGCAGCAGUAGUGCCAAAACCCCACGAAGUUAAGGGCGAAGCACUGUAUUGUUUCGUUGUACUCAAAGAGGGGUUGCAAUUCGACGCUGAUUUGGUUAAAACAUUGACCUUGCUGGUGAGGCAGAAGAUUGGAGCAUUUGCCGCUCCUGACACUAUCCAGAACGCUCCCGGCUUGCCUAAGACUCGUUCUGGAAAGAUUAUGCGCCGCAUUUUAAGGAAGAUCGCCGUGGGUGACCACGAGGUGGGCGACAUUUCUACCCUGGCCGACCCCGGUGUCGUUGAAGAACUCUUCAACAACAGACCUGCCGAAGCGAAACCAAAAACUGGCUAGGCGGGCUCGCGACGAGAGCCGUUUUUUGUUCCUGAUAACGUUGGAAAAAUGUACUUUUUAUUAUGGAUCAAAAGAUCCUCGUAGAUCGUUUGGUAAAAAUUCUUAUUCGAGAAUUUCGUGCUGUGUUAUUUGAUAGUGAUCACUAUUCGAUGGUGCAGGUAAAGUUCGUAAAAGCGAAAAAAAAAAGAACGAUCAUUUGAUGAUGUCUAUUUUAUUUAUUGAGCACUUGGUGUUUUAAUUUUAAUGUAUUUAUCGAUAACCAUUCCAUAAAAAAGAAAUAUUACGGAUUAUAUAUAUUAAUAACAGUGUUUUGUGUACACUUUUUUUUUUAUAAUAAGAAACUCCGCAUGUAUUUUGAUACGCCAUUUAAACAGAGCAUCACGACUAAGUUAAUGUUUAUUUUAGUUAUUUAAGAAACGCGAAAGCCUAAUAAUUUUCUGGAACAGGUAUUUUUGAAUCUCAACCGUAUAAACGUUAUGUCGUAAGUUAUGUAUUGGCUACACCGGGCACUCUGGUGUAACCAAAUAUUAGAAAUUAUAAUAUAUUAUGUAGAACUAAACCCUGAGCGUGGUAGUCGCACAAAAUCUCUCUUUAGAAUUAUUAUUAUAAAUGUGUUGUACUACGUUUUGACACGGCAUUGUGUAUUAGAUCGUGUCGCACUUCACCAUACUCUAUAUAAACGUGUGGGUUAUUAAAAUAUUAAGAUAAUGAGUCUCUUGACGUUUGCUUAACAUUUAAUUUAAGCAUCAUUGUAGUUGCUACUAUUAGCAGGUACGCAUUUGACUUGUAAUCACAGUAUGGUACAGCCAAGUAUUAAUAUGAGCUUACUGUAACAUGUUCUACGUUAUAACGUGUAUAAUUAAUCCAUUUUAAUAUAAUACCCACCUAUGGACAUGAUAGUUUGAAUCUUCGUAUUCAAUAUUUUGUCAUUUAUGUCGUUCUAUGUAUUAUCAUAAUCAUGUUCACGUGUUUAAUAUGUUUAAACGUAUUCAUUCGUGGUAGGCUUCAGGAAGCAAAACUGUACGAAUAUACCUUAACAUCGCGAUAUUCAAUUUUGUGAGGAACAAUGUUCUUGUGAUUGUACGUCUUAAAACAUAUCAAAUCGUGAUAUCAUUUGAUGAUAUUAAAUAAAUUGGUGGUCGUAAAAUACAA